AUGGUCCCUCACAAGUGGAUAGGCAUUGGUGUGGCUACCCUUCUGGCGCCGACAGUUUGCUCCCAGGCCUUGCCAAAGUUUGCUCCUCCAACGGGCCAAAGUCAAGCUGUCGGUCGAAGAGCAUUAGCUGCCAGCCUGGAGCAGCGGACUCAUUUCCCCAGAGCGCCCUGCACAGUCCGCGAUGCCCUCAACAUUGAGGCUCCCAAGGAGAACAUCUGGGGAGAGCUAUCGGGGCCAGAAACCGCCACCAUUGUUGCAUGGCUCUUCGCUCAGAAGGACCUCAAUCUUACCACCGUUGAGAAUGCUGGAAGCUGGGACAACACACUGUAGGUAAAAUCCUUUUUGUUAUGUGCCCUGGCCGCCCUCCGCUAACGUAAGACGAUCACUAUAGGCUUUCAGUUGAGUUGAUGCAGCCCAACAAGACCGAUGCUCUCACAUAUCUCGACAAUAACGGCACCGCUCCUGUCCGGUAUGCUCGUGCAGUCAUCAACAACCAGGCCACUGAGGAACCCUACUAUCAAGAUUUGCUGGUCGGCCCUCUUCCUGUUGUCAAUGGCACUACGCAUUGGGAGCCAUUGGAAUAUCCCUUCACAAGGAAGACCGGAGGCCGCGUGCGUAAUCUUGCCGCUGAUGUCUACACUGUUUUCGCGAAGUGGACAUUGGAGGUUAGUGCGAACGUCUCCGAUAUUACUCUCGACUUGUGGAAUGCAACCGCGCUAGGGCUUGACAACGACACCAUUGCGAUUGGUAGCAUCGACCCGUUGUACCAGGACGGUGACCGUAUCAGGCGAUGGGACGGCUUCUGGAGCCUCCCUCAGGAUAUCUUUGCUUCCAGUUCCAUGACACCAAUGGGUCUCUAUUUCAUGUCUGAUACUACUGGGCGAGACCCCUCAAAGUGGUUCGUCGAGGGUUGGUACUAUAAUGGCAUUUUCUACGAGUCCACUGAGGAGUUCCGCGAUGCUUACUGGAGUGGAAAGGUCGAGAAGCUGGAUGGCAACUGGGACGGCCCUUGGGCCCACACCGACCAGCAAGGCGAUAUCCUCCCUCAGGACGUUUUAUCGCCACCCGUUACUGUUGCUCCCCAAGGCGACAGGUACUCUGUUGAUCCUAGACGGAAAUAUACUGAGUGGAUGGGCUGGUCGUUCUAUAUCGGCUUCAGUCGCGAUACUGGAAUGACCUUGAACGACAUAAGAUACAAGGGGAAACGAAUCAUCUACGAGCUUGGCCUGGAGGAAGCUCUUUCUCAUUACGCCGGUAGCGACCCCAUCCAGUCCCAUACUGCCUAUCUCGAUGGCUACUAUGGUUUUGGACCGUACUCGUUUGAGCUGCUCAAGGGCUACGACUGCCCAGACUACGCCACUUACCUGAACUCAACCUUCUACGUGUCAGAGACGUCCCGCACCCAUCUGAAUAAUAUCUGUCUGUUUGAAACUGAGAGUGAUUUUCCCCUGGCCCGUCAUAGCGCGGCCAAAUACGUCGCGGCAACCAAGAACAUCAAAUUUGUGGUCCGCUCCAUCUCGACCCUUGGCAACUACGACUACAUCUUCAGCUAUAGUUUCUUCAUGGACGGCUCUCUCGCCAUUGAAGUGCGCGCCUCCGGUUACAUCCAGGCUGCCUUCUACGCCAAGAAUGAAGACUAUGGCUUCCACAUCCACGAUCAGCUGUCAGGCUCUAUGCACGACCAUGUCCUCAACUUCAAGGCUGAUUUUGAUAUCCUCGGUACCGAUAACUCGGUCGAGCUUAUCAAGCAGGUGCCGCACACGACCACCUAUCCCUGGUCCAAGGGCAAGGUCUUCAAUACGAUGAAAAUCGAGCGUUCAUUCAUCGAGGACGAGGACGAGGGACGAUUCAACUGGGCUCCCAAUGCCCAGGCCCAGGUUCUAGUUGUAAACCGCGACGAGCCCAACCGGUUCGGCGAGCCCCGAGGCUACCGCAUUCUGCCAUACACCGGUGCCGUCCACCUCACAGUUGAGAAUUCGACUGUGUUGCACAACGCCUCCAACUGGGCUCGCCAUGAUAUCAUGGUCUCACGGCGCAAGGAUACAGAGCCGCAUAGCGUGCACCGGUACAACAAUCAGGACACCCACGACCCGCCUGUCAACUUUGAUGACUUUUUCGACGGGGAGAGCCUGAAUCAGACGGAUCUGGUUGUUUGGUUCAACCUAGGCAUGCAUCACAUCCCCCACACAGUAAGCGAUUAACUGUCCAAGGGUCAAUCACUUGACCCAUAAGAUGAGACUUGAGAAUGCUAAUGACGGACUACAGGGCGAUCUUCCCACAACUGUCUUCACAACGGCCCACUCUGGUAUCCAGUUCAUGCCUUCCAAUUACUUCGAGGUCGGCCCCAACCAGGAGACAAUUAACAUGGUACGAGUCGACUACAGUGACGGCAAGGUCACGGACGUGGUGACUUUUGGCGCCUCGAAGGAGACGUGUGAGCUGGCCUACGAGCCAUCGUUUACCGAUCUCUGGGAGUACAAGGGCGAUGUCGUGGUGCGUAAGUUCCCGUACAUGCCCAAUGAGCCUUACUACGCAAGUCCAGGGUCACAAGGCUCUAGUUAG